UAGUUUUUAAUUAAAUAUAGUAUCAAAUUAUUUAUUAAAAUUAAUAAAAAGGAAUGUCUAAUAAUGGGAUCGUCCAUAAACAAGCGCACCACUAUUUUAUGUUUCUACUAGUCAUUGAACCGUCAAAAGAACGAUACGUUGUAAUGUCGUUAAUUUAAGAACAAAUCAACAAAGGACUUAAUGAAAGCAUGGCUAAAACAGUAAAAAAGAAAAAUGUAACAAAAAAACGUCAAAGGUAUAACCAAACUGACCUUGAUAACGCCUUAUCAUUAAUCAAAAAAGGACUUAAUGAAAGCAUGGCUAACACAGUAAAAAAGAAAAAUGUAACAAAAAAACGUCAAAGGUAUAGACAAGCUGAUCUUAAUAACGCCUUAUCAUUAAUCAAAAAUGUACUUAAUGAAAGCAUGGCUGAAACAGUAAAAAAGAAAAAUGUAAAAAAACGUCAAAGGUAUAGCCAAACUGACCUUGAUAACGCUUUAUCAUUAAUCAAAAAAGGUAGCACAAGUUUAAGGAAAGUGUCACAACAGUACAAAAUUCCUAAAAGUACUUUAUCUUUAAAAAACCGAGGUGAUCGUGACGGGCUAAUUAUACGACCAGGGCCAAAACCAAUUUUACCUAUCGAGGAUGAAAAUAAAAUUGUAACGUGGAUUUUAGAACGUUUCGAUGCAAAAUGUCCUGUAACCAAAACGCAACUGUUAGACAAUGUGAAACUCUAUCUCGAUAUUAAUAAAGAAGAUUCUCUAUUUAAAGAUAAUCGACCAGGAAGGCACUGGUUUGAAAGCUUUUUAAAACGUCAUCCUCAAAUUUCGAAACGGAUGAGCAAAAAACGGGUAAGCAAUGCUCGUAACAAGGCAACAGAAGGAAAAAUUCGAGCUUGGUUCACUGAAAUACAACAUUAUUUGGAGCUUAAGAAUCUUAUCAAUGUCGAUCCAUCACGUGUAUUUAAUUGUGACGAAAGUGCUUUUUUUUUACAUCCAAGUGGAGAUCGUGUUCUCGCUAGAAAAGGAUCAAAAAUGGUGCAUAAAGUCAUAGAUGGUAGUGAUAAAGAGACUUUGACCGUUCUAUAUACUGUAAAUGCUGCUGGAACUAUUCCACCACCAAUGAUUGUAUAUUGGUACUCAAGAAUACCAUUUGAAGUUUCCAGCAAAAUACCUAAAGAGUGGAGCUUUGGAUGUACAGAGGAGGGAUGGAUGACAUCUAAAAGCUUUUACGAAUACAUCACGAAUGUGUUCUACCCAUGGUUGUUAAAAAAUAAGAUCAAAUUUCCGAUAAUUCUAUACUUGGAUGGACAUAGCUCACAUCUUACAAUGCCACUAUCAGAAUUUUGUCGCGAUAAGGGCAUAGAAGUCAUCGCAUUACCUCCUAAUGCGACUCAUCUUCUUCAACCACUAGACGUCGGAUUCUUUGGGCCUUUAAAGAAGAAUUGGUCAAAAGCUGUAAAUGAUUGGAAAUUCCUACAUCCCAAUGUUAAAUUUCAAAAAUCCGAAUUUGCUCCUUUACUUAAAAAAACCACUGAUUCCAUGAAUUUUCAAUCUAUUGCAAAGAAUGCCUUCCGAGUGUGCGGUUUAUUUCCAUUAGAUUCCAACGUUGUCCCUUACAAUAAACUAGGUAAGAUCAAUUUUGAUCAAAAGUCGAAUAAUGACGAAGAAGAUUCCAACGUUGUCCCUUACAAUAAACUAGGUAAGAUCAAUUUUGAUCAAAAGUCGAAUAAUGACGAAGAAGAUUCCAACGUUGUCCCUUACAAUAAACUAGGUAAGAUCAAUUUUGAUCAAAAGUCGAAUAAUGACGAAGAAAGUGAAAAUACCGUCAGUGAUGAAAUAAAAGAAUUUCAAAAGCAUCUUGUUUUUUUCGAAAAAAAUUUAUCAAAUGAUAUUCUAUCUUCUUUCAAAGAAUGCCAAAAAUUAGGAUUACAUAGAGAUAAAACGGAUUUUUACGAUACUUUGACAAACAAUGAGAUUGUAUUAGAUAAUUUGGAAAAUGAUAUAACUGAAUCGGUUUUGUUCGAAAUUAUUUUACCUUCAAACGACGAAAUAAACCACUUUAACACUAUUACUAAUCAGGAAAAUACCGAGAAAAUAGAAAUCCCUCCUUCUAACGAGAUCUUUCCAAAUUUACUCAUUGAAAACACAAUAAGUGAACCACCUAAUAUUGAAGUGUCUUCUGAAGCGACAAUGUUACAAGAUACGCAAAAUGAGGGGAACCUUAUUAACAUUUAUGAAGAAGGAAAUUUACAAAAAAAAGAUAUUGAAAAUGAAGAAACCUCAAUUUUCAAAGAAAUUUUUAUAUGGCCCAUAGAAUCACAGACUUCUAAAAGUACACGCAGAAUAGAUAAAAUUCCCUCUGUUGUGACAUCAGACGAAUGGAAUAAAUAUCAAAGAAAUAAGGAAGAAGAAAAGUUGUUUAAGCAAAAAGAAUUACAGGAUAAAAGAGAAACAAGAAAGCGACUUCAGAAAGAGAAAGCUGAAGAAAAAGCCAAGAAAAAGUAA